UUCUCCAGACAAGCGUUUGAGGGAAGGAGAGACAGACAGGAGUGCGUGAAGUACGGGCAAGUCUGAUGACAUCCAAAGUUUCAACACUGAAUCAUCUACAACAGCAGGCAACUCGUGAGUUUGGAAAGUUAUAAAUAGUUUUUUUAGACUUUGUAAAGAGAGCGUUGUUGCCUAACUGUCAAACCUCUGUAAUGGCUGGGAAAGUUGAACACGAGACAACGACUGUUCUGGGGACUGCCCAUAGAGCUCGAACCCACAUCUACACUGACCGGCUGAGGAACUGCACAGUCAGAAAUAGAGUCCCCGAGGGGGUUUGAAAUUAGAGAAACUUGUCGAACAAAAUCCUAACAGUCCACUUCUGCAUCAAUAAAUGUCCUAAAAUUACGCAUGAAUGAGUUUAUGGAGACGAGAAGAAGAGUUGUGGUGACAACGAGAGGGGAAGUUUGAGGAGAGUAGAGCAGAAGAGUGGAGAGCACGGGAAAGUCAGAGGAGAGGAGAAUCUAGUCUACCUGUGAAAGGGGUCAGAGAAUGAAUUAGCGAACAACGAGUGCCCUGUGUCGCAACCAACAGUAAGGCUUGACACCUGUUCCCCCACCCCCUAGUGAGCCACACCCAUGGAUGAGGAGAAGAGCCCCCCUGUCAGCUCAUCUGAGCCCCCUGAUGAUGGGGACCCACGUCCCCCCACUCCGCACCCCAAUCCCCCCACAGACACCCCAGCCUCCACCCCUAGUCCAACCCCCACACCCACCACAGAUUUGGACAGGAGCAUGGAGCCCCUCAUCGAGAGGCCAAAGGUCAAACCAGAUGGGAUGCUAGGAGACACGGAGAACGGCAACAACAACAACAGUCUCUCACAGCCGGACCUGACGACACCUAGCAAGAGCAUUACCUGUCAGCCCCAGGCUCGAUCCACCCACAUAGACCCCACCCAACCCUGCCUAACACAACCCACCAGCCAGCCACGCGACGGAGCCAAGCCCCACACACACGGCUCCAACUGCACGCACGCCCCUCACACCAACAGAGUGAGGAACGGAGGCACCUAUGAUCGGCCGGCCCCUGGCUCCCUCCCUAGGGCAGCCUCUUCCUCCUCCUCGUCUUCCUCGUCAGGGAUGAAGAACUCCAAGAAGCUCCAGUCCAACCCCUCCAUCACCUCUCAGAGGAGCAAGAGCUCCUCCAAGAGCAACAGCUCCCAGAUACCUACAGAGGUACAGGAUGACUGUUGUGUUCACUGUAUCCUGGCCUGUCUGUUCUGUGAGUUCCUGACUCUGUGUAACAUCGUGUUGGACUGUGCCACCUGCGGUUCGUGUGCGGGGGACGACUCUGCGUGUUUCUGCUGCUGCUGCGCCUCGGAGGAGUGUGGCGACUGUGAACUGCCAUGUGACAUGGACUGUGGGAUCAUAGACGCGUGCUGCGAGUCUGCAGACUGCCUGGAGAUCUGUAUGGAGUGCUGCGGCCUCUGUUUCUCCUCCUGAGUCUCCCAAACUGCAGUGGGUGAUAUGUAUAUCUCACACACACACACACAGACAGCCCAGGCUCAAUAGAGAGGGUAGUGGAGGGGCAGGAUCAUUGGCCAAUAUUGAGGACAUAUUGAGAGUUGCCCUUGGUCAUGUAAGGACAUAUCAUUGGCUUUGACCAAGGUCAAGUGCUGACAUUGGUCAAUGUUGUGGACAAUCCAUUGGAAUUGACCAAUCAAAGGACAGGGACUACUCUUUGGCUUGUCCUGCUCACCUCUCUUCUGUGUUGCCUGUCGGUUUGCUAAGGUGGACUAUGGAUAUCUCCCUUGUUACGAUCCAUUGCUAUGCAGAUGUGUAUAGUGUAUGAUAGCUGUGCUCCAGCGAUGGUUCUGACCGGCUUCUCUCUCUGGACUGUUCCUUUGGACCCUCAGUGAGCUGUCUCUUAUUACAACCCCCUGUGUCUCCAGAGGCUCAGCAGCACAAUGAAUGGAUCUCGCCAUGCAUGAAAAUGACCUCGCAGGCAAAUGAGAAAAUGGCUCCAUUUAAUAGAAUUUUAGUGUUUCUGUAGAUAAGACAGCAGAGUAAUAGGAAAAUGGUCGCUCAGAUCUGAGCAGAACCCUAGUUUGUCCUUGGCAAGGUUAAACUCUUCCAGUUUUAGUGCUAAUAGUUUCUCUCAGCGUGCACAGUUCGUGUGGAGGGUGUGUACUGCAGUGUAGAUGGCUAGGACUGGGAGAAGGGGACUUGGCUACAAACCAAUGGAAAUGUGUCAACACUAACCACAUUUCCAUCCACAGUUUUUAUGCGAGUGAAGUCAUACCGUAUAAACAAAAAUCAUGACAGCUGUGAUGGAAAUAGGACGUUUCGUUAAAAAGACGAACAAUUCCGAUAUGGUGGGAUCUUUUUGUGCCGGUGAAAUUAAUUAUGCGAGAAAUGGUGACAUGAUGAUCGACGCUUGACUGCCAUUUGACAAAUACAAAUAUUCUCGCUCUUAUCCAUAAUAAUCGUAUCAUGUAGACUAGCCUACCUGCACAGUAACUGCGAGCGGUUGGCUAGAGCGCAUCUGCCAAGACCAGAGUAGGCACAUUUGCUAUUUAACGCAACAGUUUUUGUGACAAAACUAUUGGUAGAGUUGAAAAUGCGAUGGAAACACAUUGAACUUUUGAGUUUUAUUCGGUACAUGAAAACUUUUUGUGUGCACUACUUUAUCAGGCACUGACUUUUAUGCACAUUUUCUUUAUGUGAAUUCUAGAAUAUUCGCAUGAAAAUCAGUCGCUAAUUGGAUGGAAACCUAGCUACUGCUACAAACAUUUUGUUCCAUAGCCCAGCAUUAGCACACAUGAUUCAGCUAAUCAAGAUUUUUAUGUUUAGUUGAAGAGUUGAAUAGUGCUGGGCUGAAACGAAAGUCUGCACAGUGUUUGUCCAUGACUUGUAGGCACGUUGUAGACAGACCAAAAAAUCGACACAUCCUCCAUCUAACUCAAACAUGUGAAAGGAGAGCUCUUGCUCUUGUCUUUAAUCUUUCUGUAAUUUUAUAUAUUUUUUGCUGUAAACUGAUUUCAGAUCGUUACUAACAGAUAGACUGGAAGAGAUCAUUCAAACUCUCAAUGCCUUUACCUGAUCUCGGUCAUUCUCUUGUACUGUAUGUGAACUGAAGGCCUCUGCUUUACUCCAGGCCUGGAUUGUCUCUCCUCGCAACAGAAAUUCUAUUAAUCCAUCUUAUUUUGUGUAGAUUUUAGUUUAGAUAUUUGCAUUUCUCUUCCAAUGUGAAAAUGAAAUUUCUAUGUUAUCAGUUCCAACCUCUCUUCCUGUAUAGCAGUAGUUCUUCAAAAUGUAAUUUAAUUCCCAGACUUAGAAAUUCUGGGGCUAUUAUGCUAAGUAUGAUCCAUAUGCUAGCAUUUUGAAUGGUAAGUAUAUUAGUUUUAUGACAAUAGAAUAGAUCCUGCACACUCCAACACUCCAACACAUACCCUUUUCUUCCCAGCAACUCAUGAGAGAUAAUGUUUUUUUUCUACUAAGAUUAUGUUUGUAUAUUUUAUACCCAGUGGGUCCUGAUUGCCCUCAGCCAAUACUGUGUUGGUCCUCUUAUGACUUGGGGGUCUAUUCAAUCUAUAACUCUGAAGCGUUACAGAUUCCGCGCUAUACAUUUUAAGGUAAUUU